AUGAUGAAGGCAACAAUAUAUAUUUGGACGCUGGGGCUAAGCCUGCUGGCAGUGGACGCACGUCAUGACCGAACAAUAGCUGAGAUGACAAGCGCCAAGCAAGAACCGAAGCUCGAUUCUAUCGCCUCGGCGCAGAAGGUGCUUGGUGGUACCGCUGACUCCUGCUACGUCUGCUCGUCGCCUUGCUCUCGGGCUGUCUGCUGUCAUGGCGAAUUCCCCCAGUGUUGCUCAGAUGGCGUCUAUUGCUAUUGCUGCCAGGACUGAUUAUUUCUGGUGUCUUGUCUGAAGGAGCCAUCCAGCGCAGGUAUCCGUGUAGACUUAUUUCCUGAAAUUUAGCUAGACUGGCACAUCGAGAUGAUGUCGUCGGGAAUAUACGGCUGAAGAAUGCCGAUCAAGG